AUGAUAGAGGAUACGAUGACACUGUUGUCUCUUUUGGGUCGGAUCAUGCGUUAUUUUCUGCUCAGACCAGAGACCUUGUUCCUCCUAUGCAUAAGCCUGGCUCUGUGGAGUUACUUCUUCCACACUGACGAGGUGAAAACCAUCGUCAAGUCCAGCCGGGAUGCUGUCAAAAUGGUCAAGGGGAAAGUGGCGGAGAUUAUGCAGAAUGACAAAUUCGGGGGUCUCGAUGUUCUGGACGCAGAGUUCUCCAAAACCUGGGAGUUCAAGAGUAACAAUGUGGCGGUGUACUCCAUCCAAGGCCGGAGAGAUCACAUGGAAGACCGCUUCGAGGUCCUCACUGACAUCGUGAACAGGAGUCACCCGUCUAUAUUUGGGAUUUUCGAUGGCCAUGGGGGAGAGGCGGCGGCUGACUUUGCCAAGGCCCAUCUGUCGGAGGCGUUGCGUCAGCAGCUCCUGAGCUACGACCGGGAGAAGGAGAAGGAGAAGAACGAGAGCAGCGGUGGUCUGUCCUAUUCCUCCAUUCUGGAGCAGCAGAUCCUGGCUCUGGACAGGGACAUGCUGGACAAGCUGUCAGCCGUCUACAACGAAGCAGGUAGCACAUGUCUGGUGGCCCUGCUGUCUGAUAAAGUGUUGACGGUGGCGAACGUUGGCGACUCGCGCGGAGUGCUCUGUGACAAAGAUGGCAAUGCCAUCGCCCUGUCCCAUGAUCACAAGCCCUACCAGCUCAAAGAACGCAAGAGGAUCAAGAAGGCUGGUGGCUUCAUCAGUUUCAACGGUUCGUGGCGUGUUCAGGGCAUCCUGGCCAUGUCUCGCUCGCUGGGCGACUACCCUCUGAAGAACCUGAAUGUUGUCAUCCCCAACCCCGACAUCAUGACCUUUGACCUAGAUAAGCUGCAGCCAGAGUUUAUGAUCCUGGCGUCGGACGGGCUGUGGGACGCGUUCAGCAACGAGGAGGCCGUACGCUUCAUCAAAGAACGCCUCGACGAACCCCACUUUGGCGCCAAGAGCAUCGUCCUGCAGUCUUUCUACCGCGGGUGCCCGGACAACAUAACCGUCAUGGUGGUCAAAUUCAAAGGUGCCGGUGGCAAGGCCGCAGAGCAGUAGACCUACUGAUACAUCCAAAGGAGAGAUCUAUAUUAUAUAUGAAUAUAUAUGUAUGUGUGUGCAUAGGUUUAAAAGAAAAGAGAAAACAAGCCGGCAGUUUUUGGAGCGACAACUGUUUGUAUUGAAGAUAUUUACAGAAAUGAGCCAUUCGCCACCAUGAUGCAAACACUAAAAUGGACACAUACAAAUUCACUCACACUCUCGAACAGUCACUUGUUUCGUUUUUUCUGCAAUCCACAUAACGUUUCAUUCAUGUUUUUUAGUUUUUUUUAAGCAGUCAUCCUCCAGGCCCUACACUGUGUCACUGUUACUGUUUUGCAUAAGAGGUACACCAAAAUAUCAACAUAAUUUGAAGUCGAGACCAAGUUGCAGUGAUUUGUACAUCUCUGAGAGAACCUUUAUCAGCAGAUGUCAUCUGAUUUGGUGCUUACAUACAUCAGAGCACCUGUAACUGAACACCUGUUUGGUUAGCCAGAGGGGCUAAAUAGUUUCUGUUUAAAGAGAGCUCAGACUAGACAAACGUAACUGUUUUGUCUGGCAUGGCCUAUUUUUUGGGGGGGGCGGGGGGGGGCAGGCAGGCAAUCAAACAGACAGUGACUGAUUGGAUUAAGAUGGCAUUAGAUGCGUGCUCUGCGGUCCUAAACAACGGACUGUUGUUGCCUGCAUGAGUGUAUCAUGUCAAAUCACAUUCAGUUUGAGGCUUCACUGUCACCCCUUGAUUUCUAACGAUCUGUCGUUCUGAACAUUGGCCAUCUUGUCUGUCGGCUCCCUAGCUCCAUGUUGAUUUUUGACCUGCAGUUGAGUACCCCCAAAUGACUGCACUGAGAAUUGCAACUGUAUUUUGAAGUUCUGUAGUUUAUUGGUACUAAAUAUAAUAGAUUCCUUUCCUCAUUCAUGCAGACUACUAACGAUGUCAUCUAUGCCUGUCUGUCGACAACGAUCUGUGGUCGUCCCUCUGCCCAGAAUACAUUUCUUUAACUCUAAUCCCAUGUUAACCCUGAUCUAGGAAUGAGUGGCACUUUGACACUAGUUGCACAAAUGUGUGCACCAUGCUGUUAUUAUUAAUGUUAUGCCAGUCUUUUGAAUUAAUUUUCACAUGCGUGGUGGCAUUGUACUGUUUGAAUACCCGACACGUCUUUAUUCUGAUCAUUGGCAGCCGAUUGUCUUUCUGAAGUUGGGUUUAGUUCUAUGGACUCAUGCUCCCUCUACAUCAGGGACCGUCACUGUCUGUCAUAUAGUACAGCUUACUUUAAGUUUAUUUCUGUAAACUGACAGACUCAAAACAUAAUAUGAAGCCUUUGAAUGAAAUAUUUACCUGUUGCCUUACUUUUUUUUUAUAUAUACAUUUCCUCAUGAAUUUGUUGCCAAAACUAACUCCUUGGUUUGUAAUGUUCAUUAAACAUGCACAUCGCAUGUAGAUAUAUCUCACGUGUAGAAUACCAUCACAGAUGUCUCCAUGAGACAAGGAAGUGUGACAUGAAUGUACAUACAGUGCCUUUGGAAAGUAUUCAGACUCCUUGACUUUUUCUACAAUUUGUUAUGUUACAGCCUUAUUCUAAAAUUGAUUAAAUAAAUAAAAUUCCUCACACAAUACCCCAUAAUGACAAAGCAAAAACAGAAAUACCUUACUUACAUAAGUAUUCAGACCCUGUGCUAUGAGACUCGAAAUUGAGCUCAGGUGCAUCCUGUUUAACAUUGAUCAUCCUUGAUGUUUCAACAACUUGAUUGGAGUCCUCCUGUGGUAAAUUCAAUUGAUUGGACAUGAUUUGGAAAGGCACACACCUGUCAAUAUAAGGUCCCACAGUUGUCAGGGCAAAAACCAAGCAAUGACGUCGAAGAAACUGUCCGUAGAGCUCAGAGACAGGAUUGUGUCAAGGCACAGAUCUGGAGAAGGGUACCAAAAAAUGUCUGCAGCAUUGAAGGUCCCCAAGAACACUGACUUCUAUCAUUCUUAAAUGGAAGAAGUUUAGAACCACCAAGACUCUUCCUAGAACUGAACGCCAGGCCAAACUGCGCGAUCGGGGGAGAAGGGCCUUGGUCAGGGAGGUAACCAAGAACCCUCAGGUCACUGACACUUAGGUCACUGGUUCACCUUCCAACAGGACAACAACCCUAUGCACACAGCCAAGACGAUGCAGGCUACAGUGGCUUCGGGACAAGUCUCUGAAUGGCCUUGAGUGGCCCAGCCAGAACCCAGAUUUGAACCCGAUCGAACAUCUCUGGAGAGACCUGAAAAUAGCUGUGCAGCAACACUCCCCAUCCAACCUGACAGAGCUUGAGAGGAUCUGUUGAGAAGAAUGGGAGAAGCUCUCCAAAUACAGGUGUGCCAAGCUUGUAGCGUCAUAGCCAAGAAGACUCAGUGCUGUAAUCGCUGUCAAAGGUGCUUCAACAAAGUACUGAGUAAAGGGUCUGAAUACUUAUGUAAAUGUGAUAUUUCAGUUUUUUAUUUUUAAUAAAUUAGCACAAAAUAAGUUUUUAAAUAAACUUUUUUGCUUUGUUUUUAUGGGGUAUUGUGAGUAGAUUUGAGGGGGGAAACAAUGUAAUUUUAGAAUAAGGCUGUAACCUAAAAAAAGUGGAACUAGUCAAGGGGUCUGAAUACUUUCCGAAGGCACUGUACUGUUCCCAUGUUAUCCUCUCCCUCCACAUCUGCAAUGAAGAAAGCAAUGCACCAACUCUUUGGUUUAUUAACAAAAGAGGUAUUUUACUAGAUUAGUAUGUUUGUGCUUUUUCAGUUCCAAAAUAAUGUAUGUUACAGAAUGUUUGUGGAGUUUGUAUUUGUUUUUGUUGAAUUUAAGAAACUGUUAAAAAAAAUAUAUAUCUGUGUAUUUUAAGAUAAGAUAAAAUCAAACAGAUAUCAAUAAAAGGAUUAAUGAUCAUA